AUGUCGCAAUACGAACUAUAUGCUGAGGCUGGCCCGUCAUCCCAGAUCACAUUAUCCCACGCCGGAAUUCCUCCACCUUCUUCAGUCUAUAGCAUUGGCAUUAUUGAUGACCCCCUUACGCCAGAUCAUUCAAUUAGCCAGCAGCCAAUCUAUAGCGGACCAGAAUCCUCAAUCCUCCAAAUAGAGCCGAAUCCGAUUCCUCCAAAUCUCCGCCGUAUCGGUCCUAAACAUCAAAAGUUCUGGGUUCUUUGGACUACAAUGAAUAAGACCGACUUCAUUGAGUGGUGGCGCCAUACGGCAGGUGCUCACCCACACCCUCCGCUUCAUAAAGUGAACUUUGAAGCAAGGUAUACCUCUGCUGCUUGGGAGCACUUUGACCAAGUAGCAAACUUUCAAACCGGGAAACCAAUGGCACUCUGUCGGAGUCUACUCGUACGCCUACCCGAAAAGUCUUUGACCAACAACGAUUUGAAAGAGCCCAAGUCAAAUUUAUAG